AUGGCGACGCCGUCCAGAUCUCAGACCGUUUCUACCCCCAAACCUCAUCUCUCUACUCCUAAUCGAAUGAUGGCCUCGCCUCGACCUGGUACCUCGGGCAUUUCCAGCCGCCCUCUGGCCUACAAGUCUCCCGCCGUCAAGACACCUGCCUCAGUUCAAGGUCACACCCACGGAGUGAGUGUUUCCUCACAGCCCGCUUCUACACCGGCUGCCGCCGCCGCGUUGCAUGACGAUCUUCUUGCUCUCAAUUCUCCCGCCGCAGCGCUCAUCGCCUCGAUCGGCCAGACAGGCAUGACACCUAUGCCAAGUGGCGGCGACGGGUUGGGUAUCUCGACAAGUCUUCAAUCCAAUUCUGGCAGAGGUCCCGUUGCUCCUGCCAACCCAGAGCUGGAGCGCGUGCAGCGGGCGCACCUGGUGGCGGACAUACUCAAGACCAAAGUAGCAGGGCAUGGGACUACACGCGAAGGGGUAGAGAGGAUUGCUAAGCUACAGGGCUUCACAACAUUGUGGGACGAUGAGAAUCUUACUAUUGCAGGCAAUGCGGUCGACCUCGAAGUUAUAUUCGACGCCCGUGAACGCGACCGUGUUACAGAUGUCAGCCUGAAGCUCAACACGUCGGAGACCGAGGAACCAGAGCUACAAGAAUCGGGCUCUGAGAUUUUGAAAGACAACUUACGGCCUCUACAUACGGUCAAUGGGUCACCUCAGUGGACAGACCUCAAUACAUUUGAGGCGAACCUCCAGUACCUCAGCCAGCUGGAUCGUAUCGAAGGCGGAGCUCCAUGUUUUGAAGCCGUAAAUGGUCUUUAUGACGCUUUCCAGAAGAUCUGGAAUGCGGAGAAAGAGAGAUUCAGUGGGCGGACAGCACGCCAAGGUCCCAGCCGGAGUGCCGUGGGAAGGCCUUUCAUCGACCGGAAACCUGUCCUCGGACUAGGCUUGGAUUACUGGUGUACCAGACAGGACCUUCAGGAGGAAGCACUGAAUGGAAAUGGGGAGCAUCAUGAUGAUCCAUCUUCACAUCUCUAUACCGCCAGAAUUUCCUGCGAGCCUGGUCCACCAUCAACAGUCCUCACCAGCCGAUGGGUUUCUGGUGAUGUGCUGGUUCCAGUGUCGCAGACAGUCGGAGAUAUGGAAGCCGAGAAACUCAUGCCGGAUUGGCAGGACCCUGCACAGGACGCACAUGGCUUGAACACGUCGGAUAAGACAGAUUCCGGGGAAGCCAAUGGCGACAAGCCGGCUGGCUUGCCUCCGACGCUUCUAGACAUGCACUUUGUCUCAUGCUUGGAGCCUGAAGUCUACCUACCCCUGAAUAUUGCUGCCCACCUAAACGCCGAUCUGCCAAUGGUGGAGUUGAAGCAAGAGCUCACUGUAACUUAUCAGACAGCCCUGCAAAAACAUUUCAAUGCAAACCACACUGGAAGCGCCAGCGCCUCUCAAGAGAGGUGGCCCAGAUCACUACCGACCCUAGGGGAAAAGCCACCUCGACAGCACUCCUACGCGUUGCACUCAGCACAACACGCAGCUGUUCUGUGGUGUUAUCCUGUGAAACAACUAAAGUUCAACCACCCCAGACAACUGGCGGCUGUCAUCCCUGUGCUACGACAAUAUGCUCUUCUCUGGAGUGUAUUGCGUAGUCUUGUGGAUUACGGAGUUGUACAGCAAGACACGGUCUCCGAGUCCGCUGUUUCCCCUGCGCAAGCAAGGUCGUCGAGUGAAGCUGGUCCGGUCAAGCGGAGCAAUGCGAAGACUCAACGCUCCAAGCUCGAUUCUCUACUGAAUCCGGACCGGACAGUGACAGAGAUUGAUAUUCUGCCAGUCGACUUAAGCCUUGAUGUCAUUUCCGACAUCUCCAAAGCGAAACUCGAUCUAAUCGUACCACUUUCAGGUUCCCCUUCGAAGAUGAGACAGAGCCCUUUCGUCUCUGUUUCACUGGAGUUCUGCCCAGGCGGAGACAUCCAUGUUCCAACGAUCCGUGGCGUCCAGUUCAACGAUGAGUCGAAGCUGAAAGACAAGAUUAUUCGAGUCCUCACAGCGACAGAAGAUCUCGGGCUUCUUGUGGAAUGGCUCCUAGAACAGGCUCGCAGCCAACCGUAG